AUGUUUUCUGCGUCCUAUGCCCUAGGUGUCUGCAGCGCUGUGACCCGGAGUCCUGGAGCCCGUGGGUCUGCAGUGCUCAAUUCUGGAAUCCCUGUUACUCUGAAGGGGACUCAAGGAACUCCUGUGUUGUUUCAAGUGAUCAGAAAUCCAGAAUUACCUCCAGAAUUUGAGCUGGAGAAGAUGUCUUGGGGCGUCGUAUCCAGAUCAAAUUACAUAGUCAUGCUGUAUGUGUUUCCUGGGAGAGAUGUUCCAGAAUGGGUCAACUUCCAGGAGAAGUUCGAGAAGAGAGUCUAUGUGCUCAACAUAAUGACCCUACGGAUUGACAACCUGACCCUUGAGGACAGUGGGCUGUACCGGGCUCGAGAGUCCUAUACAAGAGGAAGACAAUAUGACCAGGAUUUCCACCUGAUGGUCUACGAACCUGUGCCCCUUCCCCGGAUUUGGACCAUUAUUCUGUCCCUCACACGAGGCUCGUGCAAUGUCACCGUGGGGUGUGACCCCACGGGAACCAGGGAGGACCUGAGGGUGUCCUGGGAGAGCGAGGGUCUCCCCAGGGAGCUGGAGCAGAGACCGGCCCCAGGACCAGCGCCCAACCCCUGGACCCUGGGUGUGAACCUGCCCCUGAGCCAGCCCACCCCCAGCGUCACCUGUGUGGUCAGCAACGAGGGGGACCAGAAAACUGCCUCCUUGGACCUUGGGGACAUCUGUGGCCAUGAUCUGCAAGGACAGACCAGUGCUGCCCACUUGCGAAACAUCCUGGCAUCUGUUGUGGUCGUGCUGCUGAUUCUCGGAGCUGGGCUGUACCUUGGGAAGACAUUUGCGAAAAAGCACGUGGAGCCUGUGAGAGGCAGGGACAGGAUCACAGGAGGAGACCAGUGACCCGUUGGUGGUAUCCACUCUGGAAAGCUGAGCCAUCAGGAGUCUGGACACCACAAGGACAAGGGUAUGUCUGCAUUCCACAUCUAGAGGACGAGAACUCUCG